GUGAACUAGAUUGGCAAGCUUAUCGCCUUCAUUUCACAUGCGGACUAUAAAAAAUAUAUGCCCUCAAAACUAUCAAAGCUUUGCUUGGCAAAAGUAUUGCAUGUAGAAUAUUGGCGCUAAAAAUAAGCGACUAGAAAUUACCCAGGAAUGACUUUUUUAACUGGGCGCUAAGGCUGCUAUACGAUAUGGUUGCGGAAUAUUCCUGCAGUUACCGUACUGCUUACGAUCAUACAUUUGUAAAUAUGUGUUGUGUUUUUGAAUUUCAAAUGUUACCACGUGCAGUAUAUCAAUCAAAUCUUUUUACGCUAAUUUAUAUACCUAAAAAACAUCCAAAUUCAUAACCAUGCCAAAAAAAGCGAGAGGAAAAUAUAAAUCAUAUCGACCAGUAUCGAACUAUUCUGAAGCUGAAAUAUUCAGAAAUUCCUCUGCAGUAUUAGAUGACACAGAUCCUGUAGAAUCUCUCAGAUAUUUGAAAGAAAUAUUUAAAGAUAAACUUGAGGAAGAUGUUAUUGUUAUGAUAUUUUCCGAAUGUGCAUACAAUGUUGAUCAAGCUUGUGAAACCCUAAUGUCCCUUGCCAAUGAAGGAAAUGUGGAACAGUCUUUAAGCCAGAAAUCUGUGGACUGCUCAGAAACAGUUAAUGAGACUAACAAAGAGAAAAUUGAUCCAAAUCCUGAAACACAAUAUCAGGAUGCUUUCAGAGAUAAUGAAUUCAAUAAAUCUGUGGAGUAUCUUCCUGAUACUAGAAACGCUUCAAUAGGAAAUUGGAUUAGUGACUGCAACUGGACAAAAAAAAAUGAUUUCAUACAUAAGUCAGAAGUACAAACCAAUAGCCUGAAUCAUACUCAUCAAAACUGGAUAUAUCAAAGCAGUUCAAUGUGUCGAAUACCAGAUAAUUCUGAGUUAAAUGCAAAAAAAUCUAAUGAAUACGUUAAUGAUGUAAAGGAAGGUCAUAGUAUGUUGAUGCCUAUUUCUCCUUCUGCAUUUUCAUAUGGAAACCAACAUUUUGCCGACUCCAAACCUCAGUUUAUUACCCCUUUUUUACCUACUUCUUCCCAUAAACACAAGUCAGGUGGUAAAUCUCCAUAUAGUCCUGAAAAUAAUCAGCCCCACUUCUGUAGCCUUCCAAAUAAGCAGUCAUCAUCCUUGCCAGAUAAAGGCACCAAAAAGUAUCAAAAAGAUGCUUUGAGAUAUGCUAUAGAAAAAAUUCAGUCUGGUCAGAAUGUAUUAAUAAUAUUAAGAGGACUACCUGGUUCUGGUAAAAGUUCUCUGGCCAGGAAAAUGAAAUUUUCUGGUGCUGUAUUUAGCACAGAUGAUUUCUUUUAUAAAAAAGGAAAAUAUGCUUUUGAUCCAAAUCAGCUUACAGAAGCACAUGCUUGGAAUAAAAUUCGUACAAGAAAUGCUUUAGAGAAAGGUGUAACUCCUGUUAUUAUUGAUAACACAAAUACCGAAGUUUGGGAAAUGGUACCAUAUAUUUUUCUUGGUAAAAAAUUUAAUUAUGAAAUAGUGAUUUUAGAACCUAAUACUCCAUGGAAAUUUAAUGUAAAAGAAUUAGCAAAGCGAAAUAAGCAUCAUGUGUCUAAGGAAAAAAUUGCAAAAAUGAAAGAAAGAUAUCAGCGUAAUGUUAAUGUAGAGAGUAUUAUGCAGUCUUUAAAUUUGAUGAAUUCAGAAAAGUCAAAUUUAUCAACUGAAUCUGAUGUGGUAAAAUUUCCAGUUAAAGAUAGCAGGCAAAUAUACUCUGAUAACAGUGAAAGUCAUGAUAGUAGUGAGGAGAAAGGAAAAAGCAUAUCCUUUGAAGCAGUAAUUCAUCAGGAAGAAGAUCCCAGUGAUUUAUUGUCUAAUAAGGCAGUUAGUUUGGAUGAUUGUAUGUCAUAUUCCCAGAGCUCUGUCGAUUCAUCUGAGCUUCCUGAAACAAAUUCGACUUCAUCACUAAUAAACCAAGACUGCGAUUUUAGUAAUAAACUUGACAAGCAUCAAGAAUUCAUGCGCGAUUUUGAGAGUAAUGACAUAUGUGGUUCUUUGUCUUCUAAAGACAAAACAGUUUAUAAUUUGGAUGAGUUAAGAGCAUUAAUGAGAGAAGAUAGUGAAGAAUCUCAGAGUGUAAGUCAUAAUGAUUCUUUGAACGGUUCUAAUCAAGAUGUCUCUUGUUGGGAAUCCAUAACAGAGCACGAUGAUGAUUUCCUGUGGAGAAACGCUUCAUGUGAUGUAGUGGAAAACUCAUUAUCUAAUAAUGAGAUGGAUUUUCUGAGAUUACUAAAAGAAAAUGAAGACGAGAAGAAUGAUUUAUCUCAAAGUUAUGAAAAUAUUUCCUCAAAACUUUCAAAUUUAAAUCUGGUUGAGGAAGAUUCUUUCACUAACGACUUUUUUCAAGACGUAUCAGAAAUUAAUAUUGCUUCUGCAGAAAAUCUGUCUGAUAACAAAAGUCAUAUGCAGCAAUCUAAUUUAAAUAGCAUUAAUUCAGCUCAUGAAGAAAAUUGUCCAACUAUUAAUAAAAAAGAUAGAGAUAUAUCUUUCAACCUAAAUGAAGAAAAUUUUUCCUUGAAUUUAAAUCCAAAAGUUUUACUUUCAUUUUCAAAGCAAGCUAAUUUUCCAGAUGAACAAGAUUUCAGCCAUUCAGAAACUAGGAUGAGUGAAAAUUAUACUUCUGAUAGUAAUAUAUUUAAUGUUAAUGCUCCAGUGAGAAAUGAGGUAGCUGAAAUUUCUAAAUUAUUUCAACUUAAAUGUGCUGUAGAUUGUGAUAGCAAUGUUAAGUCUUCUGAAAUUAGGAAUGAGGUUUCUAAAAACCUGGAAAAGAAGGAUGAGUUGAUUAAUGCUAAUAAUUAUUCACUACAAAAUUUGCAUUCAGAUCUUAAUAUAUGUGUUAUUGAACCACUUAGUAUAACUGAAGAAACUGGAACUAUUAAAAGUGAGAAUUUAGAACCUACAGUACCUAAACCACAAAGGUCAGGUAAAAAUUUGCCUUUAAUGUUCAGUAGAAAUUCAGCUAACAAUGCACAUAUGCAGGAAAAAUUAGAAAUUUUAGAAACUCCUGUGACAUUUGAUGAUUCCAUUGAAUGGGAAACUGUUUCCUCAAAGUCUGAUACAGCUACAGAUGAUAACUCAUCCCAAAAUUCAAAUAGUGAAAUUGAAAAUUCACCAAAACCACAAAGAAAUAUCUGUGAUAUGCAGGAUGUUUUUAAAUUUAAAAACAAAGCUCAAAAUUCAUAUGAUUUGGGAAACGUGCAGAAUAUUAAUGAUGUAAAAACAGAAGAAAAUAAGGAACAAAAUACAAAUUCAUCCGAUGCUAGGUAUAGCUAUAAUACCAAAAUAUGGAUACCUCGUUUUUUGAAAAAUGUUGGGGAGAUAGAUAGUGAUUGGAAAUUUCCAGAAUUUGCAAGAUAUAAUAUUGACAAGGAAGAAAAAGAAGAAGACAAUACAAUUUCUGUUAAAACAUCUUGCACACAAACAGAACCUAAUGAUUUUGUGAUAAUAUGCAAACUUGAAAAUGGAUCACUAUUAGACUGCCCUCUUGAAUACAGAAUUUUAAUUUGUAAUAAAAGUACAAUUAUAGAUGAGUUGCAAGAAAAAUGUUCCAGUGACAUAGUUUAUGAUAAUAUCCCACAAACAGCAAAGUUUGAGAAAAGUACUAGCACUGCUGACUUAGCAUGUGAUUCUGAAAAAUAUGAAAAGCUAAGUCAUCUACAUGAAUGCUUUCCAGAUAUAUCUGAAGAAGAUUUACUUCAUCUUUUAGAUAUAUGUCAUGGUGAUGAAUCAUGGCUAAGUAAUAUACUUUUAGAAUGGGGCUAUAAAUAUAAUGUACAGAACCGAAAAGAGAAUGAAGUUUCUUGUGCAAAUGAUGUAGAAAAGCCUAAAUUUAAUAUAAAUCUUUCGUCAGACUCUAAUUUAAAAAAUUCUGAAGAGGAAAUCUGCAGUAUUGAUAAUCAAGAAAAAAGUAAAAAACUCAAAAUUGAUGAGUUUAAUGUAAAUUCUGAAGAAUAUUCGGAUAAUUUAAAAAAAACUAGCUUGUUAGAAAUGCAGCUUGAAAAUAACACACUUUCAGGAAACUCAUCUGCUGCAUUACCUUUCAAAAAUAUGCAGCUUAUUUUAGAUCCUGCAUUUGCUUGGCAGUUAGAAGAAUUAUUUGGUCCUGUUACUACACAUUCAUCAGAUGGCCCUCUGUCUGCUUCUGAUCGCAUAGUUGAAAUUGAUAUGGAGUUUGCUAAACUUAUUUAUGAUAAAUGGAAAAAAACUUCUGAAACAAAAUUGAAGUCUUCCAAAAAGGAGGAAAAAGUGAAAAAUGUACCUCUUUUCAAGAACAAGGAAUUCACUUCUGCAGAGCUAAAGGUACCAUUAGAAAAAAGUUCAAAUGAAUCUUUGUCAUUUUCUGAGAUAAUGGACAUGCAAUAUGCUCUUGAACUUCAUAAACAGGAAAAACUAAGAAAGGAUAGAAAUUUUGAAACAAAACUGAAGAGAUUGAAGCUAUAUAAAAUGUUUCCUGGAGCAGACACAGUGGUUUUAGAUGAAAUAUUUGAAUGUAACAAUUGUUGUUUAGAAGACUGUAUUAAAGCUCUUGGUGAAGACUUUGGUGAACCAAAAAGUGCAAGACAUAAAAAGGAUUUAGAAAAAAUUGAAACCUGUGUGACUGAAUGGAAUGAAUCAAAUAUUUUUCAAGACUUUGAAAAUAAUGAUUGGAGUGACUGGGUUUAUCAUGAAAAUAAUGUUGAAACUGUGAAAGUAGCACCUUUUUCAACAUUUGAGGAAACUAUAUCUGCUGAAGCAGCUCGUUUGCGAAAAAUUGCUGCUGAGCAGUAUGUGCUUCGUCAGGAAUGUAUAAAGAAAGCUCAAACUGCUUACUGUCGUGGCAUGAAAGAUGUUGCCUCCUUUUAUGCACAGCAAGGUCAAAAUCAUGGAUUCCAGUGCAAGCAAGCUAAUAAGAAAGCAUCUGAACUAAUUGCUCAAGAAAGAAAUAUUUGUAGUCCUCGUUUUGUAUUGGACUUGCAUGGUUUGUAUAUUCAAGAGGCAAUACCAACCUUAGAAAAAUUUCUAAGGGAUCGAAAAUUAGAAUUAAGAAGACACCAGCAAGUAGCACCUCAAACUGUUUCUAUAGUUACUGGGCAAGGACUUCAUAGCAUACAGGGACCAAAACUUCGCCCUUCAGUCAUGGAAUAUUUGAAAAAGACUGGCUAUGGAUUUUCAGAAGUUAACCAAGGAGUAUUAGAAGUCACUUUAAACCUCGAUUAAAUGUUGACAAUAUUCAGACUUUAUAUUUAAAAAGAUUUUAUCAAGACUUUUUUUUUUUUUGGUUGCACUUAUGUUCCUGUAUUUUUUGUUAUAUAAUAACUGCAGACCUGCCAACUUUUAUUUUUUAUCUAUUUUAUUUUUUAAAAUCAUUUUUUCACUAAAAGACCUUUUUUUUAGUGUACAUAUAAUGGCUAAUAAUCGUAGAAAGGGAGCCGUAAUUAGUUUAUUCUUUAAUAAGUUAAAUUCGAAUGUAAUAAAUUCACUCUCACUGAUUCACAGCAUUUGUGUCAUCCACCAUCUGUGUUGGUAAAUGUAAUUUCAUGGCUUGCAAAAGAUGACUUAUUUUGCAUUGAAAUAUUCCACGUCACACAUUUCUUAGUGCUCUGUAGUUUAAGUUCAUAAUUGUCAUGAGCACAUAAAGAAUAUUCCCACUUGCGAAAGCUGUUGGGGACAGACAGUGUAGGAUAACCAGUCACAGAAGGAUGAGAUGGCAGAUGCUUGAUUUGUAUAUAAGCCCUCUGUGUAUUUCCAUCUAAAUUGUUCAUAUGCACUGUUUAUGUUUUAUGGUCAUUUCUAAUCAAGAAAUGAUCUCAUAAUAAUAGUAAUUUUACAUUUUAUGUAGUGAACAGAGGGGGAACUCAUAAAAGAUUUUAAUAUUUCUUAUAUGGAAAAGCACUUGAGGCUGUCUACUUAAUAUAUCUUGAUUAAAAACAUUACAAAUAUUUUUUCAGAUUAAUAUGCAUUUUGUCAUUUCAGUAAGAAACUGGUGUUGUUUGUUAUCUCAUCUAGUUUGCACACAUUUGGAGCAUAAAGUUUUUAACUUUUAUGCUAAAAAUUUUAUGAAAUUAAUAGUUUAACAGUUUAAUUACGCUAGUUGCUGCUUAUAAUGGAAAUACACUUUCAUAUCUAAAAUAUUAUUGUUAAUAAAAACUAUAUUUAAAUCAUUAUAGCAGUUUGCAUUCAUGUUUGAUGCAUGGGAUCUCCCAGAAUAAAGAUUAUUUUUAUCAUUUUCCAGAGUACAGAACAAAUUUUUAUUAAACGUAUUAAUAAUGCUUCUAUUGGUAUUUUGUAAUUAUAUUAAAUAUGUUCUGUAAUUCUCUUCCAGUCCAUUAAAUCAUAUGUGCAAUAAAGUGAAACUGAAGCAUCAUUCAUUACAUUUGGGAAAAAAAAAAAAAAAAAAGUUAUUGAUAUGCUGUGCACAGAGAAUCAUUAGAAAGUAUUAUCUUUAGAUUGUUUAAAUGUAAAAAUGAUUUGAUAUAAUUGUUUGUUAGGAAAAUAAUUAUUGUCAUUUUCAGUUUUAUCUUCCUAAAUUAAGAAAUACCUUUAUGGAGUAUUAAAUAAUUAUAUGCAUUGUAUGUAUCAAAUGUAUUUCUUUAAACAGUCCAGAUUCUUUUUAUAAUGUAAUGUUUAAAUUUAUUCUGUUUUUAUUAUUAAAAUCAUGACUUUUUAUACUUCAAUACAUUUAUUAUAUAAUACUUUUCACAUAUGUAAUUUUAUUACUUUGUACCUUUUAUGAUUUAUUUUAUUUUUAAAGUUGGCAGGUCUGUGCUGCAUUUGAUGUAGUCUUGUAUGAAUUCUGUCCUUUGAUUUUUAUGAAUUGCAGUGAAAUUAAUAAAUAUUUUUCUGCGAGUGAAUUGCCUAAAGGAAAAGCAUCAACUUGUGCUAUUUUGCUUAGAAACUGUUGAAUUAUUAAUUACCUUUAUAUGCCUUAUUAAUAUGUACCUGAAGCUCUGAUACAUGUGUCAUUAUACUCAGUUAAUACUGCAUAUGCAAUAGAAAUGAAUAUUAAUUAGUAAAAGAAUCUUUUAUUACUUAUUUUAAUUAAUAAAAUUAGUGCAGUCAUUAAUUUAAUAAAAGUGAAGUGUUUAAAGCUAUUGAUAUUAAAUUGUAUUUUAAUAUUAUUUUUGAUAAUUGUAUUAUUACCCUUGGUAAAUAUCUCUUUGUUUUACUUAUAGAUACAUGAAUAAUCACUCUUUGUUUUACUUAUAGAUACAUGAAUAAUCACUCUUUGUUUUACUUAUAGAUACAUGAAUAAUUAGCUCAUGUAAUAAAAAUAAUCUUUUUAUGAAAAAUAAUGCAUGUAUGCAUGAAAGUCUUAGCCUAAGUCAAGAAUGUCUUGUGUAUUAAAUAUUUCUGUUCAAACCUUGUUUAGCUAGUACAAAUCAGUAAAUCCCUCUUUUUUUUUUUUUUUUUUUUUUUUUUUUUCUAUUUAGGCAUACAUGCACUUAAGUCACCUUCAUUUCUGCCUUCUUAAAACAGAGCCACAUAUUAAUUUAUUAAUUAAAAAAUAAAAGGAAGAAAAAAAAUAAUUUUACACUCCCCCUCCUUUUUUUUCUUUUGGCCCCCCUUGUAGAUUUUUAUGCUUAUUAGCAGUUACUACACUUUUAAUAAUUUUUAGAAUAAAAUAGGAAAUACCUUUGAGAUUAAUAAUUUUGUUUAUUUAACUGUUCCCAAACAUUUCUGGUUUGCAAAAUGUUUGGUUUUUGAGAAUUUCUGCAUGACAUCCAAAAUCAGAAUGUAGGUUUACUUAACAUUCAUUGUACAUAGUAUAUGUGGUUGGUUAACUUUAGUGUGGUAGUUCAGUGUUGGUUAACUUUAAAUGAACAUUAUAUUUUGAAUUCAAAAACAAUUUAUAUAACAUUACCAAAUAAGGGCACAUAUCAAACAAUGAUAUUAUUGUAUGAAUGAAUUGCAAUAAAUGUGGAUGCUGAACCUUUUUUUCCAUCUCAUGUAUUUGAAUCCUUGAAAUCAACUUGUUAUGUACCAGCUCAUUUUUUGUUCCUCAGUGAUUAUUCUUUCAGUAUAAAUUUUUUAUAACAGUGAUAGCCAACAGUUUGUCACAAAUUGCUGUCGUACAUGAGCUAUUUAUUUUUAAUGGUAUCCAAAAGUCAGUUAUUUCCCUUCUUUCAAAUUUUAUCUUCAAUAUAUUGUCACAAGACAGCUACUCAACAAGAUUUUUCUUUUAGAGAAAUAAAAUCAGAUGCAUCUUUGGCUAUGAAAAAUCCUUGAAUUCCUUUGAAUUUGUUAACUGUGAAAGUCAGGUGAUAAGUUUGUGGGAACUCUUUAGAAAAGUGAAUUAUGCAAUCGCAAUGUCUUAUUGUAGCACCAGUUUAUGAAGGAUUUGAUUCUAAAACCUUAUGGGGUGAGUAUCGUUUUCAAGUAUUGGAAUCUGGUGCUUCUUUAAAUCAUCUGCACUACAUGAUGCUGCUGUACACAGUUUGGAAAUCACUUUUAAUAUAUCUCUUUUUAAUACUGUUUCAAAUAGCAUUAAUUGCAUAAAGUUUAUGAAUUGCUUUUUUAUUUUGGAUUUUAUUAAUGUUCAUGUCAUUUGGCCCAUAUAUUAAAUGAUAUAAGCACAUAUUGCUUCAUUUUCAUAUAUUCAUUCUUUUAUAUAUAAAAUAUGGAUUGAUUUUUUAUGCUUUUUAAAUUUGCAUUGAGAUGUACAUAUAUUCAUGAAGAAUGUGAAGCUUUUUAAUAUGCAUACUUUUAAGAAGCAUUUACAUUUUUGUAAAUGUUAAAGCUAGUGUAUUUUUAAGAAAGAUUGAGCAAUUAGUAGUAAAUACGAAGAGUUAGGCAAAAUCACAUGUAAUGUUUUAAAGCUAGUUUGAGCUAUUUCAGAUUCAUUUUUGUUGGGUUGCUUUAAUUGUUUUAGAUAUGUUGUUGAGAAAAUAUGAUAAUCAAAAGUUUUAUAUAUAAUUACAAUCUUACCUAUUUUAAUGCUAAUUAAAAAAUUAGUAUUAAAUAUCUAGAUAAAUGGUAUAUUUAUUAAUGAUAUUUUAAAUUAUAUGUUCUUAUUUACUAAUGAAAAUUAAUUAUUUUGAAAUUAAACAGAAAAAUUAAUUAUUUUGAAAUUAACCAGCUGCUAAUGCUGUAUGUUUUCAAAGGGGUUAUAAAAUGUACAGUUGGUCUUUUUUUUUAUGGUGAUACUGCUAUAAAAAUUCCUCCAGCCAUUCUAUGGAAUAUAUACUGCACUAAAUUAAUUCAAGAAAUUGAAACGGAAUCUGCUUUCUUGCUAAACACUAAACCAAGAACAGAGUGCAGUGUCAAAUUGCUAUAAAUAGUUGAAAUAUUGUACACUUUGUAGUAAACAUUAUAAGCAACCCCUUCUGUAACAUUUAUGCUUAACUGAGAACUAUUAAAAAUCUCUCCAGGUAUAUUAGUGCAUACUGUAAACAAAAUACUGAACAGGGGUGAAAAGAACUUGGUAUACAAUCAAAUGCAAAUACCUAGAACUAUAAAUGUAAAGCAAAUUUAAGGCAAACUCAUAAAUGUGAUAUAGAAUUAUUUGUAAUUCUGGCAAUCAAUAUAGAAUUUUUCUUAUGGUUUUGUAUGUUAGUGUUUAUUUUGAUUAGACAUUAUUUCAUAAAAAAUAACUAUUUAUAAAACUAUUUUUAUAUAUGAUGAAACUAGAAUAAUAGUAUGUUUUUUUUUUUUUUUUUUUGUUUGUUUGUUUGUUUUUUGUUUUGUUUUGUUUUUGUGGGGAGAGGUAAUUGUUUGUGAAUUCUCACUGAUUAUUCUUGAAAUUGUUAAAUUUCAAGCCUACUCGCACUAAGUUUUCUGCCUGUUCAUUUAUUUGAUAGGUAUUUAAUCAAAAGUGUAUUUUCCAUUCACUUCAUAUUUAACUUUUCAUUUUUCUGAUAUUUAUGUUUAAUAUAGAGCAAAAUCAUAAAUUAAAAAUGGCUUAAAAAUAUUUUAUUAUUUAUUGAAAAAUCAGUUUACUUUGUAAGAACUGUUGAUCCAUGUCUUAAAGUGUACUGAAGAUAUUGGUGAUCUUUCUUGAUAUCAAACUAAAACAAAAGCUACAUGUUUUCACUUGCACACAUCUGCAAAAUUCAUGGUUGUGUAAACUUUUUUUAUAUAUACACCAUGUUGUCCACAAAAUUCCUUAUGAGUCUUUGUUUUUACAUUAGCUAAUGACAGAUAUGUACUUCCAAUUUAAAAAAAGAAAAAAAAAAAAAAAGAAGAAAGAAAGAAAGAAAAAUGAUGCAAUUACAGUUGACAUUUUUUUUUAUUUAAAAUAUCUAUCUAGUAAGAAUUACAAAAUCUAACUUCUUUUAUGGUCACCUCUCCCUUUCUUUAUAUUUAGUAAAACUUAAUACUUAUUAUUGGAAAAUUUUAAAAAAUGAGCAGGGUUCUUUAAUUUCAGAAUUUUAGAGUUUGAUGUCAUUUUUGGCUUGUUUCUAAAAACUGGUUAAAAAAUUAGAAUAAAUCAAAUUUUAUUUUUUACCCCAUUUGAUGUCAUCCAGUGAUAUUCUUUUGUGAUCUACUGGUGUGUAACUUUCCUUAAUUUACAGUUUUCUUACAAAGAAGGAAUUUUCAAAAAGUAAUUUAUGAUUUUUUUCAAAUAAUAAAACUAUGUUAUUAAUACUUCUGUGCAGUUUUAGUAUAAAAUUGUGAUACUCAUGCAGAAAAUUCAUUAAAUUUGAAAUAUUUUUCAUUUUUAGUUUAUGUAAAUAAUUUUUUAUGAGCUGGCAGUAUGUUAAUACUAAAAGCAUUCUGUGAAUAAAAUCUUUUUUGGUAGGGGGUAGGAAAGGUGAAUUAUAUUGCUCAAUACUUUUUCACAUCAGUCUCUGUAGUAAUCCUCAUUACUUAAUUUAUUAAUAUCAGAAAUUUUUUUCUAAGCUGAUAAUUCGUUUUUAAUUAUGUACUUUUUCAAACGUUUUAUUGUGCACUUUGUGUACAUCUCUUAAGUGUGAUAUGAAACUUUUAAAAAUAAAUAACUUCGUCAAUUUUUAUCUUACAGGAAUGAAACUUUUUAUGUUUUAUUUUCUAUGCAUUCAUUAACUGUAAAAAUAGGAACCGGGUACUAAAUGAAAAGUUAAAUUUUGUAAUUUGUAUAAGACUGAUUUUUUAAUUUAAAAGUUCCAAAACAUGAAUAUGUGCAUCAUUUAAAACAUUUUUGAAGCUGGAAAUAUUAUAAGUCUAUUACCAAUGAUUGCAAAAAUAAAAGCCAUAUAAAGACUUUUAUGGAUACAGUGUAUGCUUUUGUUUUCAGGCGAAUUUAAAAUUCAAAGAUAACCUCCAUAUUAGUUUCAUCACAUAUGAUUUUUUAUCAUUUACCUUAAAUUUUAUAUGCAGUUAAUAUUAUAUGAAACCUAUUUUAUGACCAGUUUCAAAUACAUUUAUUUGCAAAAACUGUAAAACUUGCUUAUUUAUGUCUUAAAAUUCUCAAAACAUUUACCAGCCAUUUUUUCCCAUUGUUAAUGAACUUAUAAAUGUUUCUUUUUCUUUUGUGCAUUAUUAUGAGAUUUUCGUGGUGUUGCAGCUUGUUGCUACAAUGCAGUAUUAUAUUCUGAUAUACUUCUUUUCUAUCUAUUUAAGGUUUUUGAUAUGAUAUUAAUAUUCUCUUUUGAUUCAUUUAUUGUAGUUGUACUUCUUAUGGAAAAAUUUAAAUGUACAUUCAAGUAUAGCACCUUAAAGCUUUAAAUUUUGUAGUGUAUUUUGUAAAAGAUAAGCACUAUUUAAGAUCCAUGUCAUUCUUGAAGACUUUAUCGCCUACAAUUUUCUUUAAUCAUUAUAGGUAUAUUUUCUUCCUUAAGAAAGAUUUAUCUUUUAUUUUGAUUUCUUAUAGAUUAGGAAACUUUCUGCAGAGGCAUUUAAAGCACUCUACCUUCCUUGAAAAGUUUUUGAGCUUUUUUCUUUUGAAAUGGUAGUUUUCAUGUCCAUUACGGCUACUUUUGUAUGAAGAAGUAGCAAUUUUUUCCCCCCUGCAACUGUAAAAAAAUUCUUGCAGAAUUACUCUUACCUCCAGCUUCUAAAGAUUUUUAUUAUUUUUUAAAUUGGUGCUUUUGCUCAUAGCAGCGAAUCUUUGCUAUAUUGUUCAGUUUCCAAAACGAACAAGUGAUAUUGUAUCUUCUCUAUUGCCCCAAAAGCAUACUUAAUACCUUAAACUGUGAGUAACAACCCCAUUUGGGGUCACUAAAACUUUCAGUGGGAUUACAGAGUGGAUAAAAAUCGUAAAAUAUCUGAAUUGAUGAUAUAUAACUAAAAAUCGAUGCUCUGAUUAGGGUCGCAAUUUUUUUUGGGGGGGGAGGGUCGUUUGCAUUUUUAUGGAUUCAUAGUGCCAUAAAGUUUGAAAACCACCGAUUUAAAGUGUUCAGUCAUCGCCAUUGCAUUUUAUCUUGUUGAAAAUAAUACUGUAUUGUAACUUCAAUGUACACAACAGGUUUAUUCCAGACAUAAAAAAUUAGCAUUUAAAUUUCAUAUUUUUUAAAAGACCAUUUAUGAAUAGAUAUCAUUGCAACAAAUUAAAUUACCAUUUUGUGAAAAAUAAAUAGAUAACAAACACUUCUCUGCUUCUUUGGAAUCUGUUAUCUAAAUCUGGUAUUAUCAUAUAGUUCAGAUAAAAUGUACAGCUGGCUGAUUUUGACUUCUUAUGUCUCUGAAAUUUUUCGUGCUCAAUAUUUAAACCAGAAUUGUUAUGAAGCUGGAAUUUUCUAAGUCUUAGCAAUAGAUCAUAUAGCUUUUGGAUAAAAAAUGAAAUAAGGCUGUAUGUAAGUAUCACUAAAGCGAAAAUAGUAGUUACUAUUUUCCUUUUUGUUCUUUCCUCGUUAUUGGUGCAUGGAAUCUGAAUACUUACUUUUUUGGUAUUAGAUUGCUUCUCAGAUUAUUUAUAUAAAUGAAAUCUACUCAUGUGCCACUCAAUAUUUGUCUUGACUUCUUAGUUUCGGUCUCAUUUAGAAAAAGCAUACAUUUGUAACAAAAGGUUUGUGUGUAAUUAGUUAUAAAAUUCAUUGUUCCUCACCUGAAUUUGGCAUACAGGUGGGCAUGAUGAACAGCUAAACUAUCAAAGAAAGUUUUUGCAUCCUAAGAUAUGACUGUAGAAUAGCUACUGUGUAGUUUUAGUGAACAGCUGAAUAAUUUUUGUGUGACUCAGAAAUGCUGAAUGAUUUUGGUGAUAUAAAUGUGUAUUGAAAUUACUGAAACCUAAAGUUCAUUUAUAAAUAACUCAUAAUUCCUGUUACUAAAGCCAAAACAAGGGCAGUUUUUUUCCAUUUCUCAUUCCCUUUUUUUAAGCUUAUUUUUAUUCCUUAUAUGUUUUUUAAGUACAUUUUUAUUCAUUACAGUUUCUGAUACAUUUCUUAAAAAAAUUAUCAUUUUUAUCAGUUUUCUCUUACCUUGCCACCUGCAGAGUUACUGAGAUUUGCAUUUCUUUAUAUAUUCUGUAGAAAUAUUAGGAGUAAAUAAAUAGUAUACAGGCAGUUUUUUUUAUGUCUUAGCAUUUUCCAUGCUAUAUUCAUUGUGCAUUGUAAUUGAAGUUGCUAUUCAUAGAGUACUGAAGAUUGAAAGUCAACAAGAAUCAGGGUAAUAUUCAUAAAUUUGCAGGACUAGCUUCAAGGAUUUAAAUAUAGAUCCUUCUCCUUCAGAUUGAGACGUUUAAGAUAACAAGAUGAGCCUGUACUCAGGCAACAUCAGUGAGUGGAAAGAAGUCAAGCUACUAGUGCCAUCUAUUGAUGAAAAAUUAAAACAACUAUAAAGUAAUUUCUUAAAAGCUGAGGGCAAAAAUUGGUUGGAAUUGGGAACUGUUAACUAGAACUGAGAGUGUGAAAUGCCUCUAGGAAAUCUAAUUUGCUAACUGAUGAUGUUUUUGAGUAAUUUUGGUUGCAGAAAAAUAGAAAAUGUGAUUUUCUGAUCAUCAGUGCUGGAUAACAGAAGAUUUGUGUUCCCCUCCCUCCAGUAUAUGCCUCAUGUGCCUCGGUGCAAAACUUUAAGACUUUCUUGGUUUCACCAAUAUGAGUCAAACCGUAUGAGAAGGAAUUCUGUAUAUGCCAUAGAAGUUCAUAUUCAGAAUGGGGUAUUUAAGUAUAGAACUGCAAAUUUUAUUGAUAGAAGGAAAAAUAUACCUGAAAUUGAAUUUUUACAAAAUACAUGCAGUUUUAUAGCUAAUCCAUUCUUUUUACGGAUCCAUCUUCAAUAAUCGUUAUUCGGCGUGUUAUUGUAACUAAGAUUCAUUGGGUAGUUUUCCUGCAAAUUGUUAUUUUUUUCAUUUCAUGGCGGUAAAAGUCUGAGGUAACUAUUUGCUAUUAAAGGAAUAAAUUACAAGUUUUUAAAAUUAUCGUUUCAAUAAUUUAAGGGUUUUUAAAAUUAUCAUUUCAAUAAAGAUCUUCAGCAUUCUUUAUAUUGCUAACAUAUAUAUGAGGUAAGUGAUAUCAAAAUAAGCUUGUAAUUAAUGAAUAUGUGUGAAAUUGAUUCGUAUUAGAAGAAUGAGUGUGAAAUAUAAGAAGAAAAUUGGUUACAUACUGGAAGUUAAACUUUAAAAAGUUUAAUAUCUCUUAUUUUUAUCUUGUUUAAAAUAAGCUGCAAAUUUAUUUCACCAAUCUGCUUUAUUUUAUUCAUUACUGUGUUUAUAUAGUUUUUCAUAAAUAAAAUUUGCCAUGUAAAAAUAUAGUUCUUUACUUGAGUGAAGUAUAAAAAAAAAUUGAAAUGCUGAAGAAUAAUGCAUUUGGAGAAAACUGAUAAUUUUUCAUUUUUGAAUAAUUGAUAAAAUUGUCAGUUAUUGUACUUCAGAUGUUUACUAAUAAAUGAAAUAAAGUUAAUAAUUAUUGAAUUUAUUAGUAAAAUAGCCAAUUUUUAGAAAAAAUUAUGAAUUAAAAAAUUAAUUUUUUUUUGAAAAAUUCUGCAUAUUAAAUCUUAAGUAAAACUUCUCAUUAUCAUAUCUAUUAUUAUAUGUUUAAUGUACUGGGAUUUUCUUGGUUAAGUUCUGUUAUUUCUUCCAUGGACUACUUUGCUAUAUAUUGAAUGUAAUAUAAUAUGAUUAUUGUGUGGGAUUGUUUUAUUUUGAAUUAUAUAUAAACAGUGGCUUGAAUACAUUAAUUAUAUUUUAUGCGGGUGUUUAUUCUCUUGAUUUUCAUCUGUGUUUUCUCCAUCCGUCCAAACUGGCAGAAACGUAAUUUGGUAUUUUACAGAUUGAAAACACAAAUUUAUGUUUUUCUGUAAACUGCACUAGUCCUUAAGGUGUUAAGUGCCUUACAUGUGUGCCUUAACAUGCACAGCUUGUAUUAAUCCAUUCCUUGUGGUGCAGUAAUUUUUUAGUGCAUCUACUUAAACGCUUUCUGUAGUCUGUUUGAUUAUUAGCUGCUAAAGUAACACCUAUAAUAUACAAGUAGUAUAUAACAGUGUUUCUCAACUCCCAGUCUUCAAGAAAUAUUUGCCAAUCCGCGAAAUAUCCUGCUAUCUGUCCAAAAUCCAAAGUGUCAUCGGCCGUCAACCGAUAUUACAACAGCACCUGCAUUACAAUAACAAUAGUUUGCUAGUUUAGAAAAUAAUAUGAUCGAUGAUGAUUUAUUUAUGUGAAAAAAUUAUGCCAAUGGGUCGAAUUAUUAGACGUACCGGUCCACGAGAAUGUACCAAAAUAUUUUACCGGUCCUUGGAGUAAAUCCAGUUGAGAAACACUGGUAUAUAAUAUUGUUUAACAUUUAUAUUCAGGAAUUUCUCAUUGCAAUAUAUUGGUUUUUUAUUAAAUAAUUUUGAGGAAAGUUUAGAUGUCACUAGUACAAGAGGUGAAAAUAUUUAUUUACUUGUGUAGCAUGACAUCCAUUAAAAAUUAAGGGGCACUUGUUGGUUUCACUGGCAACCAAAACACUGAGGAAAAAGUAUCACCAAGUAUAGGUGCCGUCCAAUCUCCCUUUAAUUAGGGGGGAAAAAAAUGAAAAGUAAAAGAGAACGGCACUUUUAAAAUUAUGAAAUUUUAACAAAAGUGUUAAUUAAAAAAAAACUUUACUUUGCCAGCUACAAAUUCCAACUUAAAAAAAGAAAAGAAAAUUGUAUUUAUGCCCCUUUCUCAAAAAUUCUGGUGGAGAAUUUUUUUUUAUUUUGGUUUUAUGUGAUCAUGACCUCGAUAAAACCAAGGAAGGGAGGCAUCUGAGGGCUGUCUGUAUAAAGGAAGGGCUACCUUUGUGGAGGGAAGUGGUUUUUAUUCAAGUUCACUCAUGAAGAAAAUCACGAAAACCUAUCCAUGCAGGUGGCCCGUUCACCUGAAAUCGAACCCAGAUUUAACUACCAGUGAUCAUUGGCUUUCCCACUUGGUCGCUGGUUGGCUGGAAAAUGUGAAAUGCCGUCGCUGAAAUUCGAUCUGACUGCUAGCUGGACAUACUUCUAGUUACUCCACAAAAGCACUACUUGGUGCAUUAAAAUACUCCAUUGAGAGAAUGCAAUAGUUUCAUUUUCACUUGAUGACAAAUUCUCAUCAUUUCCUAUGAAUGAAAAACAUUAUUUUAUAACUCUUGCAGAAAAUCUGGAUUAUACGAGGUAAUUAGAACCGCAACUACCUCGGACAAUCGAAAACUCAGUUAAUAGGGAAAUUAAAUUUCUAAUCAUACCAAUUUUUCUUUGAACAAGGUUUUCUGAAAUUAAUUAUUUGAAAUUUAGAAGUGUGUGCACAGGUACUAAAAUUAACAUUUUAACAAGCUUUUAUUCGUAGAUAAACGUAUUUCCUUGGGUUAAACAAAUAAUCCAUGCAAAAUUUUAUUUUGUGACAAAAAAUGUCCAUGCAAAGACUGGAAUAAACGAACCUCAUCAAAAUUUAAGCAACUUUUGAAAUUUUAUCAAAUUUGUUUCUCGUACUUUUAUCAAACAUUUUUUAAUGAUUACUUUAAAUUGAUUUUAAAGCUUAGAUAAUACUAGAGACUUGAUAGAGACCCUCAUAAUAUGUAUUCUAUUUUACUUGAUUAUAGUUCCGUGUUUUCUAUAUUGUUUCACGACAAAUGGCACCAAAAUUGGUGAUUAAUCUUUGGUGUCUGGUAAAACCAACAAAUACCAAAUUAAAAUUUUAACUUAUAUGAUUGAGUACAUAAUUUAAGAUUUUCAAUGAAAUUAUUUUUUAGAAUGAUGUCAAUAUCAACUUUUUUGUAUUUGAAAGGAUUAAUGUAAUUCAUAUGAAUGAUGUAUUAAAAAUUUUGAUGAUUUUUGAUUUUAUUUAUUAAAUUCAUUUUAAAUUUGAAUUUGAUUAUUAAAUUAAUUUAGAUAUGUUUUCAUGUAAAAAUAUUGUACAGACCGCCUUUAAGUAUAUUUAUAUGUAUAUUUAAUUAUACAAGCGUAUAGAGAUGCACAUUUGUACAUAAUUUCAUACUACUAUUGAACUACAUUCCCAUAUAUAACAUUUUUUAUUAAAAUAUUAUUUUUGUCUAGCAGUGAAUAUACUCAGAUAUGUACACCAUCACCUGAUAACAUUAUUUAAUAUUUUCUUAAUACUUUUGUGUAACUUUUUUUUAAAAAAAAAAAAAGAAUACCAAGUACAAAUUUACCUCACUUUUAAAGUUAGUUCAAAUUUAUAAAUAAUAGCAAUUUUUAAAGAGGGAUUCAUAAAAUAAAAUGUAAUUAUUUAUUUAAAUUUUGCUUGUGGGAAUAAGAUGAUGCUUUCAUGGCAGAGAGCGGAAUUGAGGUUCGGCUGCAUAUUUUACUCUCUGGAGGUUGAUUUUUAUUAAAUAGGUUCAUCUCAUUGAUUAAUCUCAUCUCUUCGUUGCAUUAACUAAUUUUAAGGCAGUGAAUGACAAUUUAAAACAUCAGUUUAACUGUAAAGUAUUACUUUUUGUUCAAUGAAAUCAUUGGUAGUAUAUUCAUUUCUUAAUGCAUGGUUAUAAAAUAUUUUUCGUUUCUUGAAUUGAAAGAUUUAGUUAUAGUAAAGAAUUUGAUUUUACGGAAAAUUUCAUAAUUUAAUGCUAUAUUCUUUUAUUAAAAAGUAUAUUAUAAACUAAAUUACUGUUCUAAAUUGCUCUCCUCACAAAUACAGUUACAAAUUCCUUUCUCAUAUUUACAGUAAGGUGUGUUUUAAAUGUAUGGGAAUGUUUAUAAGAAUAAUUCAAAAUUCACUGUGGAAAUUUACUAUUAAUUAAUUGCUUUGAAUUCUAUUAUUAGAUUAACUUCUAUGAAAUAUAUAGUAUGUCUGUUUUGUUUAAUUGUAUGAGAGAAUUUAAGAUUUGUGCAUUACAAGAAAAUGCAUAUAUAUAAAAUUGUAAAUAAAGAAGCUGUGCUCAAUGAAAUA